CUGGUAGAGUCUGUGGCCGCUGGGGAGGGGCCCAGGGGCGGAAUCGGAGACCUCUGGUACCGGCAGAGCUGUCUCAAGGCUUCCCUGCCGCCCCUAGGAAGGCUGGCUUCAAAGGCGAAGUGGACCGUGACUCCAGGCGUGCUUCCGUUUGGUGCGAGCCUGGGGACCGUGCCAGGCUCGUCUUUUCUUUCAGAACAGCCUGCAGAGGGCGCUGCUGUCACUGAGGAGUCCGGUUUUUGGCGAGCUCAUGUGUUCUAUGAGUUUGGAGAGGUGUGAUCAGCAUUGGAAAGGAUGGAAGCCGAAGAGAGCUAUUCUCAAAGAUUUUCGCGCACAAAUCCCUCCGACUACCACUACAUGAAAGUCUGCCUAGAAUUUGAAGAACACGGAAUUGGACUGAACGCCGCACAGUUCAAGCAGCUGCUUGUCUCAGCCCUGAAGGAGCUGUUUGGGGAGGUUGGUGCCGCCCUGACCUUUGACGUCCUCACCUAUGAAGAGAAGACCUUGUCAGCCAUCCUGAGAGUAUGUAACAGUGGGCUUGUCAAAUUGUGGAGCUCUCUGACCAUGGUAGGAUCCUACAAAGGCAGCAGGUGUGCUUUCCGGGUGAUCCAGGUUUCUCCAUUUCUCCUUGCGUUAUCUGGUAAUAGUAGGGAACUCGUAUUGGAUUGAAAUGUCAAGUGCAGACACCUUCUUCUGCUGUCA